AUGCCAGCCCUUCGGGAAGCUCUCAUGGCGCGGACAGGCGUGGCCAUGGGACAGCUGGGUAUCGCUGUAUCGCACGCCGAGAACAACAUCGCAGAAUCCGUCUCAACAUUACUACGGCGGGUGCAUGUCCCGUUCAACAGCACAAGUCCGCCCGGCUUGAUAGAAGCAAACACCGUCGACCCAUGGGACAAGAGUGGAAAAUAUGCGUUGGCAUAUGUCUACUUUUGUAUACCUCUGCUGGUAAUUGCGGCACUCAUGCGAUACUACCACCUAUUCACGGACAAGAUCCGGACAGCACUACAUCAAGAAGAGGUAUUACAGUCCUCGAAGACAUCAUCUCCCGCCACAGACUACGAGCUAUCAGUACUUGAUACUGACAAGUCCACCAUGAAGUUCUUUCCUCGCGAAGGCCCGCUACCAAGUGUGCCAAAACAGCAAUCUAGUGUAUCCUCAGUGGGCCCAAUUAACAACCUGGUGGCCUUUUUCCGAUUCAUUUUCUAUCGACCGACUCCACAGAUUCAGAUCAAGAAAGGAUGGAGGCCUAUUGUGUUUCCAUCUUUGUCGACAAUUGUGAUCGUGUCACUUGCUUUGAUCCUAGGAGUACUCUACUGCACCCUCCCUCAACCACUGUUCUGGGAAAGCAUUGCUUAUGGCUCGCCUCCACUGGCAGUUCGCUCUGGCAUGAUGGCGGUUGCUCUCAUGCCUUGGAUCGUCGCGCUUGCAAUGAAGGCGAACCUCAUCUCCAUGGUGACUGGCAUCAGUCACGAACGAUUGAAUGUGCUGCACAGAUGGGCAGCGUACAUUUGUCUGGGUCUCAGCAUCAUGCACACCGUUCCUUUUUACGUUACCCCGGUGUGGGAAAAGGGUGCGAGAGAAACUUUCAGACAGUUGUUCCAACAGAACGAAGGAAUGUACAUUUACGGCACAGGUAUCGCGGCGCUUGUUCCCCUGUGUUUCCUUUGUAUGCACUCGAUCGCCCCUCUCCGUCACCGAAUGUACGAGCUCUUUGUAGCGCUCCAUGUGCCAGUCUCCAUUGUCUUCGUCGGCAUGAUGUUCUGGCAUUGCAACAACUACCUAACAUCUUGGGACUAUCUGCUCUCGACCGUUGCCGUAUGGCUAUUCUCCUAUAUCAUGCGGCUCUUCUACCUCAACUGGACUCGUCCAGGACGUAUGUCAUGGCUCAUAGGCGACGAGUGUGCCGUGACCCUCAUGCCAGAGAACGCCAUCAAGAUCACCAUUCCAACUCAGAUGAAAUGGAGACCUGGACAAUACGUCUAUCUCCGCAUGCCUGGCAUCUCUGUAUUCGAGAAUCACCCUUUUACCAUCGCCUCGCUCUGCAGCGAAGAUUUUCCUUCGGAAUACGGUGAAGGCUACCGUGACAUGGUCUUGGUCUUCCGACCAUUUGGUGGCUUCACCAGGAAGGUCCGUGAGAAAGCCCUCCAACAUGGUCCAUGGCAUACCUACCGGGCCUUUGUCGAUGGUCCCUAUGGAGGCAUGCAACGACGCAUUGAAGCCUUUGAUGACGUUGUACUUAUUGCUGGCGGUAGCGGCAUCACCGCCAUCGUCUCACAACUCCUGUCUUUGAUCAAGAAGAUGCGCGACGGCAAGGCAGUCACACGCAAGAUCCACGUCAUCUGGGCCCUUAAGCGUCCUGAGACGAUGGAGUGGUUCAAGGAAGAACUUCGCAUCUGUCGAGAGUAUGCACCACCCGAGACAGUAGAGUGCCAGUUCUACAUUACCGCAGCAAAGCGCAACCUUGCUGGUGGAUUGGUUAGUGCAAAGACACCGACACGUCCAGUGUCGCUUUACUUCCACGACAAGGUCAACGACGCUUUCCAAAAUAUCGCUGAACAUCGCUUGUCCGGCAUCUCGUCCAAACGACACUCAGCGCUUAUCCGCGACGAAGCGCAAGGCGACCCAGAGAAGGAGUCUGAACUUCGACGCGAGAACGAAGACAGCAUUACCGCUCUCCCACAGGCGCACUUGCUGCCUAUCAACAGGGGCCAUCUGGCCCCACCACGCCCCAGCCACAACAACGGCAGUAUCUCCGCAGAGUCAGUGGAUAGCUCGAACCCCGACCUCAUUGCCCCGGCGCCCCGCGGAUUGGCUGCCCGCCGUCAGGAGCGUAAUCUUUCUCUUGAUAUUUCACAGGCUGUCGCGGCCGGCUCUGGGGCAAUGGCCCCCAGCAUCGUCCACAACCCUACUGAGACUACACAAGGGUUCGACUUUGGUUUCCCCUCGACGCCCACCGAGUUCCAGAAGAACCUGAUGCGCUUUGCUUUUCUGCCCGCCGCCGUCAAGAAGAAGGACGGAUGGAGCACAGAAUACGGACGCCCAGAUAUACCGUAUCUACUCAGGGGGCUGAGUAAAAACUUUGGCAGACGCACUUGUGUCUUCGUGUGCGGACCACCGGCAAUGCGCAUCAGUGUCAGCGAGACUGUUGCGCAGUUGCAACGAAGUGUGUGGAAUGACAGUGGGCGCGACGAAAUCUUCCUUCACGCCGAGAACUACGCUCUGUAA